CUGGAUUUGUCAGGUGAUUUUUCAGAUUACCAUCAUUUCCUGGGACAGACGUCAUUCUUACAGCAAUUGAGAGAUGAAGCCUUGAUCAAGAACUAUGGCCUUAAAUCAAGCACUCAGUUGGUACCAACAUAAAAUCGGUGCCUACGACAAACAAAUCUGGGAAGAGACGGUAGAACAACGCAUUCUUAAUGGCUUUCCGCACGUAUUCAAAAAGUCUGGCAAACUUAAGUUAGACUACAUAGACCUAGACGUAGUUCGUGGAUCAUCCUUCCCGAAAGCCAAACCGAAACACGGUUUAGUCUACAUUAGUCAGCUAUGUAUUCUACGGCUUCUUCUUUUACCAUUUCACCGACGCUGGUGGAUUCAGCAAACUUCUUGCAGCGUAUUUCAGUUGCUCAUUGUUCUCUAUGGAUUCCAAGUGGUUAAUAUGUUUAUAUACUUCACAAAACCUUCGCAAGCAGCAAGCGAAUCAAAUCUCCGACUUCACAAUGAGACAACUGAUAAUCAAGAUGUAGUGUAUCAUGAUGUUUCUGCCGAAGAAGUGCUGGUUCCAGUAUUGAUGAUGGGUAUUCUCAGUCUUCUUCUUUCACAGAUGGUGUCUACGCAGGCCAACACUCAACCACCCCCUCGGCGUCCCAAAAAUAAGUUACGAACGAAACGAACUAAAAGAAGGAUCGGACGGAGAAUAGGAACGACUCCUUCUGAUUCAAAGUCAUCUCUAGAAAAUGCUGAACCGCAACUUCCGUCGUCAAAUAGUGAUCAGAAACCAGACGAGACCGUAUGCGAGCCGAAAAUAAAGAAACGUUCUUUUUCAGAAGAGAGGCAAACAUCUCGAGUCAAAUUAGGUCAACGUUCUUCGUCUUUGCAACUUGAUUCUACUCAGGUCCUGCAGCCAUCGUUAAGAAUUCCUCAGUUAGGAAAGGCUAGAAACCAGCAGUCAAUUCUAUCUAAAAGAAAAUCCUGGUUUUUUUCCUGGCCAGUGCGCCUUGCAGUCCCAAAUCGAGGGACAGUUGAAGACGAGGGAUUUGAUAGCUUUCAUGGAAAUAAUUCCAGUUCAAGCGAUUGUGAACACGAAGAAAAUGUACAGUCAAACAAAAUGGUCAAUACGAUUUCUACCGACAUUGUUGAAUUUUCAGAAACAAUUACUAGUGAUGAGGCGACUCACCAAAAUAAAGAUUGGCAGCCCGAAAGUCAUGAAAGCCAUGCCGAAUCUAUACUCUUUUCUGAAGGGUUUAUCGAAAAACAAGACAGUGUAAUUAUUCAGCCGCAGUUACGGAAAAGACGGAAUUUACCUUCCAUUGCAUUAAAAUUGGUACCGCCAGAAGCUGACCAGCCUUAUGCCAUCAACCCAGAGACGCAAUCGGAAGCACAGGUCCGAAAUCCUAAAUGUGUAACUAUCAUGAGCAAUGAGAGGCAAUGCGAUUCUUCUAUAUUGGCUAGAGAAAGUAGCUACCAGAGUUCUUGCGAAAGUGACGUUGACGGUCACUCUUCAAUUGCUUCUCCCAGCUAUAAGCUAUCGGAGCCAAGUACCCCACUGGAUUGGACAGGCGUGACGACCAAUUCAGAGGAAUGUUCUUACAGCUCCGAAUCUCGUUCCGAAUCGGACGAAAACGAAAUGAACCGAUUUACCAGUGUAGUAGGGGAUGUAAAUUGGAAUGAAGAAGUUGCUUUUUCGUGGGAAUCUCAUGGAACAACCUUGAGUUCAUCGGAUAAAGUAAGCUGUACAGUUUGGGAAGGCCUGGAAAUGAAGAAAGUGGAUCUCUCGGUUUUAGACGUGGCAGCAGCCAUCAUAGCUAAGGUGGAUGUCAUGCCGGAAAGCACGGAUUACCUCUGUGGCGGUUUAGUCAUGGCUGGAAUUUUUGCACUUUUGCCCAUCAUUUAUCGAAUAAAUAACGUGGUAGGAUCGGCAGUUUUCGACAUACUUCGUCCAAGCUCUUUUCGUAAAGCACUUCAUAGUACCAACCUGAUAUGCAAUGUACUUCUAGGAUCGUCCCGAUGGGAUAAGAUAAUUGUAGUUACAGCAGCCUUGGAAAGAUUUGCAAUGGCUACGUUCUUUCUGUUUCUACUGGCAGUUGCUGAGAGAACAUUCAAGCAGCGAUUUCUCUAUGCUAAACUCUUUUCUCACCUUACUUCUUCACGAAGAGCACGAAAUUCAGACCUACCGCAUUUUCGUCUGAAUAAAGUUCGUAACAUAAAAACAUGGCUUUCGGUCCGGUCUUACCUGAAAAAACGGGGCCCUCAGCGUUCGGUAGAUUGCAUAGUUUCAGCCGCUUUUAUCAUCACACUUUGUUUGGUAUCCUUUUUGUGCAUGGAAUUACUAAAGGAGUCUCAAUAUCUGCAUCAGUCCCUUUACAAUUUAGAAGUUCUCUGUUGGUGCCUAGUACUGGGUGUCUUUCUGUUGCGGUUUAUGACACUUGGUUCAAAAAUCAACAAAAAAUACCGCAACCUCUCAGUCCUGAUAACUGAACAAAUAAACUUGUACCUACAGAUGGAGCAAAAACCUGACAAAAAGGAAGAACUUAUGUUAGCAAAUAAUGUACUCAAAUUAGCUGCAGAUCUCCUGAAAGAAUUAGAGAGUCCGUUUAAAAUAUCUGGACUUUCUGCCAAUCCUUAUCUCUACAACCUAACGAAAGUGGUCGUGCUUUCUGCGCUUUCUGGAGUUUUGUCGGAGAUGCUAGGUUUUAAACUGAAGCUACAUAAAAUAAAAAUACGCUAAUUAGGGAACUGUAGAUUUCCUAGCGUGUGAACUACGUAAACUACGUUAGUCGUAUGUAUUAACUAAAAGUAUUUUGAAAAUAACGGACAGGGCCAUAUUUUUGUCUGUUGAUUUUCGUCAGACACCCCUCUUUAUUGCUUUACAUUUCGCACCUGACGAAAUCGUAGAGUUUAUUAGAUAAGUUCUUAUAAAUAUCAAAAAUUCAAACUGUAAGUGCAGACAAGUGUUCAUCCUCUUUUCCUAACUUAAGUAGUGCUAAUGUUCUAAAAGAAUGAUCUGUGAUGCCGCUUGGUUGAAAACCGCAAUUUGAUCUUUAAUAAAACCAUGACAUCCGCUCGAAAUAAAAAAAAAAAAAUACCUGUAACACUUAAUUGAGGUGUGAUUUAAAAACAUGUUGAAGGCCUUGAAAUAGCUUGGGUAAAGCUCGAAUCACGGUUUGGUUUCUUGUAAUCAAUCAUAAUAGAUAUCUAAAAUACAAACUUUUUGGAGGUA